GUGAGGGCACGUGUUCAUUUGUUUUUGCUUGCGCACACGUACUGACAACACGUCAAAUGAAUAGAGAUGAGUAGCAAAGUAAUGGCCGCAGAAAAUGGCAAUAAAAUUUUGGACCUUUCUUAUCAUGGAAAAACCGAUUCGAACGAAAGUUUGGAUAGAUUAUCGUCUGCUUCGCCACCGCGAAAAGGACUUGGUCAAAGACAAAAGGAUAAAGUAUUGAGACACGGCAAUAGAACUAUAUACACAGCAGGUCGCCCUCCAUGGUACAAUUCACAAGGACAGUUGAAAGAAGCUUUUGUUAUUGGCAUAUGUGGAGGAAGUGCAAGUGGCAAAACCACAGUUGCCAAGAAGAUCAUUGAGGAUCUUGGUGUACCAUGGGUGUGUUUGCUCUCAAUGGAUUCCUUUUACAAGGUGUUGACUCAUGAACAACAUGAGCAAGCUUUAAAGAAUCAGUAUAAUUUUGACAGACCAGAAUCAUUUGAUUUUGAUAUUGCUGUUGAAACAUUAAAAAAGCUAAAAGUGGGAAAAAGUGUUCAGGUCCCUAUUUAUGAUUUCAACACUCAUAAAAGACUGAAAGAUGUGCAGAAUACAAUGUAUGGUGCAAACGUUAUUAUUUUUGAGGGAAUAAUGGCUUUUUGCAAUGACGAAUUAUGCAAGCUUAUGGAUACGAAGAUUUUUGUUGAUACUGACGCAGAUAUUAGGUUGGCCAGAAGGUUGAAGCGAGAUAUUUCGGAGAGAGGACGUGACCUAAAUGGCGUUCUUCAACAAUAUAAUAAAUUUGUCAAACCUUCGUUUGAGAAGUACAUUGCCCCCAGUAUGACAUGUGCUGACAUCGUUGUUCCUAGAGGUGGUGAAAACUUAGUUGCAAUAAAUAUGAUUGUUCGGCACGUGAAGCAAAAAUUAUCGGAGAGAGGUUUCUAUCUUAGACCUCAGCUUAUUUCAGCUCAUCAAGGUCAGCGUUUGCCAAACAGUCUGCACGUGGUUGAAACCACUCCCCAAGUAAGGGGGGUUCAAACAAUUAUAAGAGAUAAACGAACGAGUCGAGAUGAUUUUAUAUUUUAUUCCAAGAGAUUCAUGCGAAUUGUUAUUGAAUAUGCUCUGUCAUUUUUACCAUUUGAGGAUUAUGAAGUAAAAGUAAAUGGCAGUCAUACGUAUUGCGGAAAGAGAUUUGCUGGAAAACGGAUUUCUGGUGUAUCUAUUCUUCGGGCCGGCGAAACAAUGGAGCCAGCAUUGGAGUCCUUAUGUAAGGAUGUUCGUAUAGGCAAGAUCUUGAUUCAAACCAAUGAAAAUACUCAAGAACCAGAGCUUCACUUUCUACGUUUACCUCGUGACAUACACAACGAUCACGUGAUACUGUUAGAUGCAACCCUGGCCAGCGGUGCUGCCGCUCUAAUGGCUAUUCGUAUUUUAUUGGAUCAUGAUGUAAAAGAGGAAAACAUAUUAUUUGUAUCGUUGAUUUCAGCCGAAACUGGUAUACAUUCUGUUGCUUACGCUUUUCCUAAUGUGAAGAUAGUAACUGGUGCAGUUGAUAGGGAAUUAAACGAAUCGUUUCAUAUUAUGCCCGGUAUUGGUAACUUCGGUGAUCGCUAUUUUGGUACCGACUCAAUGCAACGAUAAACUGGUUAGUUUGGUAUACACUCAAAUGCAGCCGUUGAAGGCUGUUGGUGUCCGUUUUCGUCUUGAAUUCAAACAAAACGAAUGAACAAAAGAUGGGAAAGGAAAUGGAUUGCAAAGUUUAAGGCUUGGUUUUGUGUUGAGCAUUUGACCAUGAGAAUUUCAUAAAGUAUGAAGCGGAUACGAUGUACAGCAUUAAUCGUGUAGUUUUUUAAUGAAAGUAUGUAUAAUGUCUAUUUUAUAACGAUGACACUAAAAGAUUAUGUUGGUCAACCAAGUGUAUUAGAAAUUACAAUAGUUAAGGCAUUAAUACAGUUUCAAAAGUCAUUAGUUGAUACAGUGGCUAAGGAUGUCUUCUGAAGGCUGGCGAAAUCACGAGAAAAUUUGAAAGUUCAAAACCUUUAGACAUCUAAACCAUCGUUUUCUACAAGGUAAUUUGCGUUAUAGUUCUACGCAGAUUAUACAUUUUGUAUAGAAGCAUAAUUCGUAAAAUACAAAGAAUAAUUUGGUCAUUAUUGUAAAUCAAAUAAAAUUUAAGAGAUAAAAACCAAAA